GUUAAAAACCUUGCCUUUUGUCCACGCGACGGACUCCCUCUCCCUUCUCCCCUGUCCCGGUUCCCCCCACCGACCCCGCCCUCCCCGCCACGCCACCGCCAUGCCGCCGCUCCCGACGAUGGUCCACUCCUCCUCCUUCCUCCUCCCGUCCCCGCCGCCUGCUCCCCCGGCCGACGCAGACGCCGAGAACGCGGUCUCCUACGCCGUCGUCGUCCUCAACCAGCGCCUCCCGCGCUUCGCGCCCCUGCUAUGGACCCGAGCUGACUUGCGGGUGUGCGCGGACGGCGGCGCCAACCGGGUCUUCGACGGCAUGCCGGAGCUGCUCCCCGGCGAGGACCCCGACGAGGUCCGCACGAGGUACAAGCCCGAUGCAAUCGAAGGAGAUAUGGAUUCUGUAAGGCCAGAAGUGAAGGAAUACUAUUCCAGUUUGGGUACCCAAAUAAUCGAUGAUUCACAUGAUCAGGACACCACAGACUUGAACAAAUGCAUAUCGUUCAUCACCAAAAAUCCACCUGGGCCAGACAGUUCUAAUCUGUGUAUUCUCGUUCUCGGUGCGCUUGGAGGGAGGUUCGAUCACGAGAUGGGGAACAUCAAUGUGCUGUAUCGCUUCUCAAACACCAGGAUCAUCCUCCUGUCAGACGACUCCUCGAUCUUCCUUCUCCCAAGGACGCACAAUCACGAGAUCCGCAUCGAGCGGUCGGUCGAGGGACCUCAUUGCGGACUGAUCCCCGUGGGCGCACCGUCAAGCAGCAGCACCACCACCGGUCUCCGGUGGAACCUAGAUAACACUAGCAUGAAUUUUGGCGGACUGCUGAGCACAUCAAACAUUGUGGAGGAGGAGAUUGUAACGGUCACUUCGGAUUCUGAUUUGAUUUGGACAAUAUCGCUUCGGAAACACACUUAAAUUGUGUAUUGUACAGUAGAUUAUGGUUGAAAUUUUGGCUCGUCGAUUCUACGUGGAUGGUUUCGACAAUUUACUGUGAUGUGUUUUGAUAUAGUUCAUUUCAUUGGACAUUCGGCCGCAAUGGACCGGAGAGGCAGGUGUCCAUGUAUUUCAGCAUCUUAUUUUCUUAUUUGUGCAUUUCAUGUUGUCAAAGUGCAAAGUGCUGUUUUACUA